GGACUGAUGAAGAAGGAAAUUAUGUGAGCAGGUGCUUUGUGGUAAGUUUCUGUAGCGGACAUGCACUCUCAACUAUUCUGACAUUUCAUAUCCUCUUAGAUGCGCCAAACAACGGUCUUCAUGGACAGGUCCGGCAACCCCAUGACGUACACGCACAACACGCAUAAUGUCCGGCUGAUGAUGCCCAAGCCGAUCCCGCCACCGGAGUCGUCCCGCGUCUUACGGAAGGGACUGUGGGACUGUCAUCUAGUGGAUGGCCAAGUGGUUAUCACACAGAAGACUUCACAAGAAGCCAGAUCCUUGGAGUCUGGAUACGUUGAUGGAGGAAGUCUAUCCAGAACCUCUCGCAAGGAGGUCUCCGAGACCAAACAAGUGUCUGAGACCAAACGGUUGAGGCGGAUCCCUAUCGGACCAAGACCUAUGAAGAGGCAAGAAACUUUAGUGAGCCUAUAUGCUGAUUUGAGUGUCCUGACCAUGCUCACCGCAUGAUUUAACUCUUCCCUGCACAUAUCACCGGUCGCGACUCAGAGUAUGUGCUCCAGCACAUCUGCUACGCAGGAAGAAUAUAGCAUGUCCGCCGUGGCCCACUUGAAGGAGGCAUC